AUGCUUCUACCGCAUUUAGCGUAUUCCAGAGCAAAACUCAGAGGAAACGAGUCCCAUCUUAUUGCUGGGUUUCCUGAGAAGUCAGUCCUGUUGCUUGCGCAAGACGAAGACGACCGAUCUCAAAUACAAUUGUCAACUUCCAGCGUUGCGUCGCGUACUGGCUCCCAACAGCACAUGCGCCGGCGCAGGGGAGACAGUGGCGUGCACAUAAGUGAUGAAGUGGUCCUAACAUGGAGCAGGGAAGAACAAAGCAGAAUAGAACCAACAAAUCCUUCUACCAGUGGACUUCUAAGUAAUCAAUCUCAUCUGAGACGAGUUGCAACAAAAAGUAGUUUACAAUCAAACUAUAUCCCCAGUUUAGAUAAGCUGGUAGAAGAACCAGUGCUUUCACCUAAAGUUUGUGGGCAGAGAGAAAGCAGUUCUAAGUUUGUGACUAAUCACGCGCUGAAUUCUGGAUCAAAUGAACGAAAAGAGUUUAAUGAAGUUGUAGUCAGCCAUUGGGAGAGAGCAGAAAAACAUCAAUGUACUCAACAGGAGCAGCAGCAGCAGCCAGCUAUCAGAAACGGGCGCUCUCCAUCAUCAUCUUUUUCCUUGGUCAAUGAAGUGACUGAAGAGGUUUUAUUUAAAAGAUCGUCAAGCAACGUGAGUCAUCUUCAUCCAACUAGUGGUCUAUUAUCAAUGAUGCGCUCCGAUUGGUUGAGCUACUACUAGCUACUAUAACUUAUAGCCCACUUUAGCAGCGAUAAGCGCCGGCUUUUUGGCCGCUAAAAAGGAUUUAAGUCUAGCUUUAACUAGCUAAAGCUGUUUUGUCUCGAUAUUUUUGGCCAACUAGUUGGAUUGUACUGAAACAAUUAUUCCUCUCGCCCGCAUGGCCUCUCCGUCCUCAUGGGCUAUUGACUCAGAGCCCUUUCGGGCUAGAGGAAUAAUUGUUAAACAGUAGAAGGGGUGGGGGAUUGGGGCUAUUAAAAGUAAAUUCAAGACACCCCAUUGCGUGGGUCAAGGGUAGCAUAUCCAGAGUGACAAUAUUUACCAAUUUUACUUGAAAAAAUAAAAAUCAAUAUAUUUAUCGAUAAAAAAAAAAGAAGAAAAAAGUUUCAUGAUUUCAGCACUUAUUAUUCUGCCGAGUUAGGAGUUUUAUUCUCUUUUUAGAAAGUUGUUGGUAAAUGAGACUUUCAAACAUUACUGAGCACAAGUCGCAGAAAAGUACACAAUGCUUGCAGUAUCGGCUACCAGACAGAAGAGUAAAAUUGUUAGAAACAUACUGAUUCGAUCUCGACAUUCGAGACAUCUUACUCGUUCCUUUUGAUCUGCAAAUUGUAUUACAAGUUUAACGCAGGCUUCACGGUGUCUAUAAUUUCAAACUUAAUCGUUUUCACACGGGCGUUCAAAUGGUUUGAGAGUGGUCGUUAAUUUCAACAUAACUCCCUUUUGGAACUGAUCCCGUUAUAAAGGCUCGCCCUUAUUUGAAGUUAUUGGUUAUUAUUAACUUAUUCCCUCCUGUCUCAGAUAAAUGUAUCGAGACCUGAUCAUGAAGAGGAGACGGCUAAAUUCCAGAAUAGGCGAGAAAGGCGAGUAACAAUUGCAACAGAAUCUCCGAGCAAGGAGCUGUCUCCACACUACGCUACUCAGUUGGAGAAACAAGCUUUCAAAAAAAUCAAGGAGUGGAAAGAAGGAUUUUCUAUAAAGUUAGACCAAGUCUUACAACAGCGACAGCUUAUAACACAGCGUCCAGAUAACAAAACAAAAGUCAAAAGAGAAGAGCACAUCUCCAUCCCUUCCCCACCUACCCCUCCUUGUCUCCACGAUGCUUUUCUGAGUCCUCCCUCCUACCCAAGUCAUACAACAACUCCUUUCAAGCCGGCAGAGGCAACAUUUCGAGUGGAUACGCACCAACAACUUAUCGAAGAGUUAAGAGGAGUGUCUGAGACUUCAAUAACAAGGAUGAGCAAUGGCUAUGAUAAGGGAAGCACCAUUCUUAAGGAAAUCAAGAAACAUCGCAAAGCUAUUAAAGGGCUUAAUGAAAAGAAGAAAAUAAUGGAAGAGUUAAGUUCCUGGCAUAAAAAAGAGACUGGAAGAAUAGCAAAAGAUCUGUUUACGUCCAGUGGGUCAGAUGCUGGAAACGUUACAAAAAUACUGGCUGCUCUUAAAGAAACCGUUGACGAUAUUUUUAUCGCUACUAUACAGAGAGUGCAGGGGGACUUUGUUAUUAGUUCCUCCUCAAACGAAAACAGUGCAGAGGAUCUUGAACAGCAGGGUAAUACCGACACCAAACAUCAAGAUAUGUUACUGAAGUGGCAGAUAAAAACUGCUCAGGAGGAAAGAGACAGACUUUUCUUAGAAAAUAUUACAUUAAAAACAGAAGUAGCUGAUCUACAGAACCAAUUAAAGGAAGCAUUUAAAAUGAUAGCGGAGUUGACUUCACUCGAACAUGAUCGAAUGGAAGUACUGUAUGGUCACUGUGCGCGUGCAAACCUUGAAAAGUACAUUAAAGCAGAGAACUUCCAAGAAACCAUAGGCUGCCUUGAAGAAUAUACCAGGAACUUACUGUUAAACAGUGAUGGUAAUAAUCAUGAUAUUUUGUUAUGA